AUGUUAACCGCUAAAAUCAUGUUGAUUGUAAAUUCUACAAUCAUGAUGAGGCGCGCAGUAGCCUAUCGGAUCCGGCCCUUGCUACCAAAGCAUUGGACCGGGUUCGAAUCCGGUUGUAUAUUAUUCUGCUCAGCCCAAGAAAUACAAACGAGUUCCAAUCUCAAAAGUGUACCCCCUACCGUAGUCGCUCAUGACCUUAGUAGUUUAUGCGACUUUAAACAAAUUAAAAAAAAAAAAAAAAUAUAUAAAAUAUAUGAAAAAUUGAUGUGGAAAUGGAGCAUUUUCGAAUGCAGCCUAAAUACUCAUCACGAUAAAAUGACUAUCGAUGAGAAUGAUGUGAAACCUUGA